UGAUAUCGAUAGUCUGUCAGCUGCAGAACUUUUAAUUGCUUUUCGUUCAAUUAAUUUGUUACAUUUUUUAAAAUGUCGCUCAAAGCUCUUAACAUUGGUGAUCUGUUUCCCAACUUUGAGGCUCAGACCAAUCUGGGGAAAAUAGAUUUCUAUGACUGGAUGGCCGACAGCUGGGCCAUCCUUUUCUCGCACCCGGCAGAUUUCACUCCCGUGUGCACCACGGAGCUUGCACGGGUUGCCCAAUUAAUACCGGAAUUUCAGAAGCGCGGCAUUAAACCGAUUGCUCUGUCCUGUGACACAGCAGAGUCCCACAACGCUUGGAUUGAGGACAUUAAGAGCUAUGGCAAGCUGCCGAGCUUCGAUUAUCCCAUUAUUGCGGAUGAUAAGCGCGAGUUGGCCGUCAAGUUGAAUAUGCUGGACAAGGAUGAGCUGAAUGCUGCGGGCAUACCGCUUACCUGUCGCGCUGUCUUCGUUGUUGACGACAAGAAGAAGCUGCGUCUCUCUAUUUUAUACCCAGCCACCACUGGUCGCAAUUUCGAUGAAAUUUUACGCGUUGUCGAUUCGCUCAAGUUGACACAAACAAAGAGCGUGGCCACGCCCGCAGAUUGGCAACCGGGCGGUCAGUGCAUGGUGCUGCCCACAGUGCAGGCUGCCGAUGUGCCACAGCUUUUUCCUGACGGUGUGGAGACGAUCCAAGUGCCCUCCGGCAAAAGCUACUUGCGCAUCACUGCUCAGCCGCAGAACUAAAAGUAUUCCAGGACAGCCGAAUUGUGAUAUUCUGCAUUUUACAUGACUUUAUUACAAAAUUAUAAUUAACA